AUGAGCCAAUGGCUUGACGCGCUUUCACCUAGUACGAAGAACACCCCAAUCUGUCCGACAACGCGGGGGGUCCCGCCAUACGAUGCCAACUACGACGAUGACGCCCCAGACCUGGUCGUGUGCCCGCCGCACACGACGGAGCGCAAGUUGAUCACCAAAAUCGAUCUGCAUGUCAUACCCUUCCUCUGCAUCAUGUACCUACUGGCCUUCUUGGACCGCGUCAACAUCGCCAAUGCCAAUGUCUUUGGUCUCUCUACGGAACUCGGCCUCGUCAAAACGAAGUACAACAACGCCCUCGUCAUAUUCUUUGUGCCGUAUAUCCUAUUCGAGAUUCCCUCGAACAUCGUACUGAAGAAGCUGAAGCCCAGGGUGUGGCUUUCGAUAUGCAUGUUUGGAUUCGGGCUUGUUACCAUGCUCCAGGGUCUCGUGCAAGACUAUUCGGGAUUGCUGGCGACACGAUUCUUUCUUGGUGUGUUUGAGACGGGCAUGUUCCCGGGCGCCUUCUAUCUGAUUGGCAUGUGGUAUCGAAGAAAAGAGGCGCAAAAGCGGUACAGCUUCUUCUUCAGCAGCACUACCUUGGCUGGUGCAUUUGGUGGUCUGCUCGCUAGCGCUAUCGGUAAGAUGGACGGUAUGCGUGGAUACGCCGGCUGGCGUUGGAUCUUUAUUUUGGAGGGAACGCUUACCUGCGUGGUCUCGUUUUUCUUCUUCUUUCUGCUGCCCAACUUUCCCGAGGAAGUCAAAUGGCUGACAGAUGAGGAGCGCGACUUUGUCCAGGCCCGGCUGCGCAUCGACCAAGGCAGGAGUGCGCGAGAACGACCCAUCAAGCUCGCAGACGUCGGACGCGUUUUCAAGGACCCGAAGAUCAUUGUUGGUGGAUUCAUGUACUUCGGUCUUAUCGUCCCGGCAUACGGAUACGCGUAUUUCUCGCCUGCCAUCAUCCAAAGCUACGGAUACAGCAAGAUCCAGACGCAGCUGCAUUCUGUUCCACCGUGGGCAGCAGCUUUCGGGUUCGCAAUGACCGUUGCGUGGUUCUCGGACCGGUUGAAGCACCGAUUUCUCUUCUGCAUCUUCCCCAUUUGCGUCGCUAUCGCGGGGUUCGCGAUCCUCAUAUCCGUACACAACAACCGCGAAUUGCAGUAUGCAGCACUGUUCCUUGUCGCCAUGGGUUGUUACACAGCUAUGCCUGUCAUCGUAUGUUGGUUCAAUAUGAACCUUGGUGGGCAUCAUCGAAGGGCUAUAGGAUCGGCUUGGCAAGUCGGUUUCGGAAACAUAGGCAAGUCUCUCAGGUACAAAGUGGAUGUGUCUCCCAGCAAAGCCGGGGAAAACCCCUCUUGUCUGUGUAUCUAA